AUGUCCCUGCAAAGAGCAAUCCAGAUCCAAGCCCCAAAGGUGGCAAAGCUUGUCUCAGAUGCUCCCAUCCCAAAGCUCCGCAACGACUACAUCAAAGUCAAGACCGUCGCUGUGGCUCUCAACCCUACUGACUGGAAGCACAUCGACUUCCUUGCAACCAAGGGUGCCAUUGUCGGUUGUGACUACAGCGGAAUAGUGGAGGAAGUGGGCUCCAACGUUACCAAUGGCCUGAAGGUCGGCGACAAAGUUGCUGGCUUUGUCCAUGGAAGUAACAGCGACAAUCACGAAGACGGUACAUUUGCCGAACACAUCGCUGCAAAAGCAGAUCUCCAGAUCAGGGUCCCCGACAACGUGUCAAUGGAAGAUGCGUCUACCCUGGGAGUUGGCAUCACCACCGUCGGCCAGGGCCUCUAUCAGUCCCUAGGCUUGCCUCUUCCAACCGAACCCGCGACCAAGCCAAUCUCCAUUCUCAUCUACGGUGGUAGCACAGCGACCGGAACCCUCGCCAUCCAAUUUGCCAAGCUCUCCGGUCUCACCGUGCUGACCACCUGCUCCCCACACAACUUUGAUCUUGUGCGCCGUUUUGGGGCUGAUCAAGUCUUCGAUUACAACUCCCCCACAGUCAGCGCAGACAUCCGUGCCGCGUCUAACGAUUCCCUCGCUUACGUUUUUGACACCAUUUCAACUGAACCCGCCGUUAAGAUCUCAGCUGAAGCAAUCGGAUCUGCUGGCGGAAAAUACAGCAGCCUUCUCGUCGUUCAGAACUUCCCCCGCGAGGAUGUCACUAGUGCGGGCACUCUGGCCUACACAGGCUUGGGCGAGACCUUCCACAAGGGCGCGAAGGAGUUCCCUGCGAACCAAGAACACUUGGAAUUCCAGGCAAAGUUCUGGAAGCUUUCAGAGGAACUUCUGGCUCAGGGCAAGCUCAAGACUCACCCAGCUGAAGUGCAAGAGGGCGGCUUAGAUGCAGUUCUUGACGGCGUGGAUGACCUUAGACAGAACAAGGUCAGCGGAGUGAAGUUGGUUUACAAAAUCUGA